GCUACAGUGACCUGACCUGACCUGACGGUCGCACCGACCAGCCGCACACCUGUGAACCGCGCACUUGUCGCUGACCAGGACCUGGACUCCUGACGCGCGCAUUCAACCAAAGACAUAUUGGGUAUAAGGAACCACCAAGCACCAGCGCGCAGGCAGCUGGGUUUCGCUGCUGCAUCUUCGAGCUCUCACUAGACCCAGCGCCGGAGCCAGCCGCACGGCCUACAGAAGGGAAUGGGUUGUGGAGCUAGUCAGCCACAGGACAAGGCGGCACCUACGCCUGCUCCGGCGAAGGUCACAGCUGGCGAUGAUGCUGCAGCCAAGGCGCGCGCGGCGGCACCUGUUCCCGCGGCGCCCCCGGCGGCACCUGUUUCCGCGGCGCCCGCGGCGGCACCUGCCCCCAUUUCGCCCGCUCCAGCUGCUGCUCCUCCUGCUGCAGGCGCGCGGGACACUGCCUCGCGUCCAGCCCAGUCAGACGACGAGAAAUCUCUCAUGUCUCUGAGCAAGCAGGGCGAUACGGCGGGAGUGCAGAAGCUGCUGGACGCCUCGAUCAAUCCCAACGUCACUGACGAGUCCCAAGACGGCAAUACGGCUCUGCACCUGGCGGCGGGUCUGGGCCACACCGCUGUGUGUGAGGCGUUGCUGACGGCGGGCGCGGACGCGGGAGCUAAGAGCAAGCUGGCCCGCACGCCGCUGCACAUGGCCUCGCUCCGGCCCGACGUGAAGCUGGUGGAGCUGCUGCUGCGCGCCGGCGCCGACCCCAAGGCACGCGGGCAGCACGGCGAGAGCGCGCUGCACGAGGCAGCGGCCAAGGGGCACGCGGAGGUGGCCGAGGCCCUGCUGAAGGCGGGCGCGGAGGCCAACGCCGCGGACGACAAGGGGCUGACUGCGCUGCACCGCGCCUGCCUCAAGGGGCACGUGCGGGUGGUGGAGGCGCUGCUGGUGGCGGGAGCAGACCUGGAGGCCAGGACCGAGGAGGGCGAGACGCCGCUGCUCAAGGCCAGCAGUGAGGGCCACGCCGCCUGCGUGGCGGCACUGCUGCAGGCGGGAGCCAAGCACACAGCCACCGACCAGAGUGGCGAAACGCCUCUGCACUGGGCCGCCACGUUUGGGCGCGUGGAGGUGGCGCAGGCGCUGCUGAGCGCGGGGGCGGCCACGGGGGCGCAGGACAAGGAGGGCGACACGCCGCUGCACAAGGCCGCGGCUGAGGACCACCCGGAAAUUGUGACGCUGCUGCUGAGCAGUGGCGCCGCCGUGGGCGUCACCAACGUGGCCGGCAAGACAGCACUGGAGGUGGCGCAGGAGGCGGGCGUGGAGGGCGUCGUGGCGGCGCUGCGGCAGGCGGCGUAGAGCGCGCAUGCGAGCCACGUGUGGGCAGAGACGUGUGUGUGGGUGGGUGGGUGGUGGGGGGGCGCGGGAGGGUCCGGGGAGUAGCCGUGUUGGGUGGGAUGGGGUGGUGCAGGCUGGAUAGGCAUUCUGGAACGCGGCAGGGAAGCAAGGAACGUAUGGGGACCAGAUGCGGAGCUAGAGGGGAUUGGCGUGUGGGGUUUACGUGGAUAUCGCACCGGCCAUAGUAGGGGCUGUUGGCUGCGGCGGCUGCACUGCCUGCGGGAGUGGUAUUACGAAAGACCCAAGUAUGCGUGCGUUUCUAUGCACUGGACGGGCGUGUGUGUGUGUGAGGGGGGGGGGGCUGUGGGAGCAAAGCGCGGUCCAAGUGUUUUGUGACGCGCACUGGUGUGCGGCACAAACACGUGCGACGUGUUAGGAGGCGGGGGUUAACUUUGAACCAUUCCCGUAACGAAACUGUCGCGCUGCAAGGAGGAACUGCAGCCGCAUAUGCGAGCUUUUGUACAUCACCUUGUAGGAGGCGCGGGUGCACAGCCAGUGCGUUCAAUUGGAGAUGGAGGUUGGCAACGUGUUUCGCGUGGCGUGCUCCGACCAGGAUGUGGCGAGGGGAAUGGGGAGGGCCGGAGGGGAAGAGGCCGCAUCGUGGCGAGGAAAAUGGGGAGGGAAGAGGCCACAUCGUGUGCUCCCUACGAUGUUUUGGAGGUUCUCACUCGGCGAAGAGCUGUGUAGGUUGAUAAUUACCUUUUUAUGAAGGGCAUAAGCACGGCCAGAGCAACCACACAGCCGUUGUCCAGUGCUCGUAUCUUAAGAAGGCAGGCGCGGCGCCAGUGACAGAUUUCCGAAAACAGGCAUCUUUAGUUUUCAGA